CUUUUUUCUUGUGCUUCCAUAAAACCUUCCUUUCCGCCGUCACCCCCGCUUGUACCGAACUUCCGCUUGCCGUCUUUCUUUUCCUCUUCUCUCCUGCUGGGUUUCAACUUGUCUCUGGUCACUCUGAACCCCGCCGGAUUCUCCUUUUUCUCUUUUUCUUCUUCUUCUUCUUCUCUGCAUGGUGCUGGAAUUGCGCAAAUGAGACCACCAGCUUAUUAAUUCUCAGUAACCAUUCAGUGAUUGUUCCCGCCUUCAACAUGGAUCAAGGUCUCCAACAAAACCCGUUUAUCUCCGUCAAGGACUCCGGUUCUGCCAAAAACUCGGGCCCGUCGCUGCUUGCCUGUCUGCUGUGUCGACACAAGCACCUAAAAUGUGAUGGAAAGACUCCUGUCUGCGGUCGCUGUUCCGCCACAGGCUCUGAAUGUCAAUACACCCCGUCGCGUCGCGGGUACAAGGGCCCCUCGAAGAAGCGUCGAGCCAAUCCAUCCUCCCCCGACCAACUCCCCGCAGACAUGUCGACCUCCUUCGAGCCCCAAUACUUCAACGUGCCGUCCGACUGGACUCUGUCGAGUAACAUGCCCAUGUCGUAUGCGGUGGCAGCCGCCGCCACCACCCCCGUGCCGACUUCCCUGCCCUCCUCUUCCUUACCCUCCGGCAGUCCCGCUCUGACCGAUAACUCUGGCUCCUCGCACUCGCAGACGGUCGGCGUCACCAAUAGCCCCAUGACACCAGACUCGAUCUCUACCAUUGCAGGCGAUGGCUAUCUUAUCGACAUCUUCUACACCUAUUUCCAUCCUUCCCACCCGGUCUUGCCGCCCCACCGUGUCCUUUACCGCAACCACGUGCCUGCGUUUCUGGAGCAUGUCAUCAAGUUCAUUGGGACCCACUUCACUCCGGCCGCCAACAGUGAGACCUACCGGCCGACGGUCAUGUCGUCCGUGAUGGACCAGGAAGGGUCCAUCGAAAAAUUGCAGGCCCUGGUACUCCUCGCCAUUGUCUUGCAUUCCCGCAAUGAGCGGCAGAAGGCGGGCGAGUGCGUGACGACGGCUGUCAAUCUGGCCUUCGAGUUGGGAUUGAACAAAAGAGAUGCUGCGCCGCAGCUCAGCUAUGGCGACCCGGUGCGGGAAGAGAGCUUGAGGCGCACCUGGUGGGAGCUCUUCAUCAUUGAAGGCAUGCUCACUGCACUGGGUGUUCAGCCAGCUUUCCGGUGCAAUUCUGGGCCGCUCGAGGUACCAUUGCCCUGUGAAGAGCGAAUCUACCAAGAUGCUCUCCCACCUCCGCCUGCACCCACUAUUGCGCAAUUCGACGAGCAUGUCUUUGCAGAUGAGGAGCGAGAUUUCUCUUCCUUCACUUACCGAAUUGAGGCCGUUCGCAUCCUGGGACGCGUAGUGGCCAUCCAAGACAUGAUUGAAGGCCAGCAGGACCAUGUCGAGGCCAUUGACGCACGGAUUACCAGUUUCUUCCACCACCUUCCCGAGAAUAAGGCCGAACUGCUGCGCUCGGACGGGUCCGUCGACGAGAUGAUGUUCCAAGCAACAAUGAUCGUCAACGGCUCUGCGAUUUACCUCCAUUUCCCGCGAUCUGAUCUGCUGUCCUCCCCCGCGGUGGCAGCGGAGGUUAUUUGCGGCCAUCACGGGCCGCUGAGCAUCCCCGCCUUCUCGCAUCAUGCGCAUGCCAUGAAGGCGGUCAAGGCAGCCAGCGAGAUCUCCUCGCUGGCGUCUAUUCGCAUGCCAGUUGUGAAGCACACGCCCUUCUUCAUUUGUGCGCUGGUUCUCAGCUCCAUGGUGCAGUUGGCCGCGUGCUCCGUCAAGGCCGGGCAGAUGCCCGACCCCAGCCGUGAUCGGCUGACGCUUACCAUUGGCGUUUUCAAGACUCUAGGACGGACCUGGGCGAUUUCGCAAACGAUUAUGCAUCAGAUCAAGGCGGUCGCCCGUGAUGUGAUGGACCUUGGUCUUCGGCCUACCAUGCCUGAAAUUGAUCUGACCACGGUCCUCGACAACAGUCGGUUUUGGAUACCCGACCUCCUUCCAAUGGCCAGGUAAAGAGGCGGGGCUCUAUACUAUAUGCACAUGUAUUUUCGGGUUGCUUAUUGAUCGACCCUUGCACAAGCCCCUUCUACUUUCCUGUCGAUAUUUACCUACCAUGGCAAUGAUACCCCUCCCCGACUGAUAAUGAUUGCUUGUCCAAAAAGAAGACACUGAGAUGAUGCCAACGAGUUGAUUUCAUUGAUCCGCUGGGGAUCCCAUGCGCUUAGGGGGGUUAUUAUUUAUUUAUCUAUCUUUUCUUUAUCUAUGUUUGGAAAUAAAAAAUAAGCUAUAUUCUGCU